GAUGACGAGUUUGCGCGCCGCUUCAAUAGCUUUGCGUCCUCGCUACAUUAUUUGCAGUGUAUUCAGCGUUCUCUUAAAACGCUCUAGAAUGCUAAUAGUCAACGAGAGUCACCACCACCGUGGUGAGGGCCUGGUAUCGUAUGGUACCUUGUUGUACAUUGCUAUAUUAUAUAAACAAUAAGUUAUUGUGUUUUAAGAUGCAGGAGGUGCUCGAAUAUAAUUGUAACUCUAACUUCGUUUCAAGCAGUGGACUCCUUGUUGGCACAGUCUUGGUUCAAGAACCGCCCUCUAUAAUAAACAGCUCCAGUCUUCCAGUUGUUUUCUCCGGCGAUUCUCUCACUCUUCAGUGUUCUGCGCGCGGCUAUCCUCAACCGGUUAUCCGCUGGUACAAGGACGGUAGUUUGGUUCAUGAAAAUACAAGUCUUCAGUUUUCCUCUCUCAACGAGUCUGACACAGGGUUUUAUCAGUGCAACGCAUCUAACAUUGCUGGAAGUGAUACAUACGAAGUUGAAGUCCUGGUUAGAGAAAGAAGACCAAUCAUAAACCAGACCAUUUUAGCACAAGACGCCGACAAGCUGCUUCAAAAUGAUUCAGUUGUCUUUAUAGCCCUCCUCACACACGACCUCUUCUCAGGUGACAAGGCGUUCAAUAUAAAGUUGGUUUGGAUGUUACCCAACUAUGCGCGCUAUCUGAGCCACGAGCCUCGGACAAAUGUCACUACUCCCUACCCUGGGGAACAUAAUUUUGAGAUUGAGCAAAUUCAACUUGGGGCAUCCGUGGAAAUCAAUAUUACGGUUCAAAUUGAUCACAAAAGCACACUGUCCGUUGGUAGACACUUCCUGACAAUACCGACUUUCCUCAUGUAUGAACAGCGCAUGGCAAAUGGUGCAACGAAGAUUUUCGUGGGCUCAGUUGAAUCGGUCACAGUCAACUUCACAGUGAGAGAAGAUGUUUCCAGAGGAUUUCUGAUGAACCCACUGUCUGGUGAAGUAUACUUUUGUAAAGAGAAGAAAAGUGAUUCUGUUCCCUCGUGCUAUGUGUCAUUUGAUGGUGCUCAGUGGACUGGAAUAGAUUCGCGAGUAAAGAUGAUUUCUGGAAUGAUUGUAAGCGGUUUGCACAAAAGGAUUUUUGCCGUGACAAGAAAUGACCGAUGUCACGUGGUCAGUGAGAAUGGCAUUAUUUGGAGUUGCAUAACGCCCGAGGAAUGGCAACAGGAGUCAUCUUCAAAAGAUUUUGUGCGUGCUGUCUCAGUUCCAAGAAGCCUUAAAUCAGCUCUUCCAGAAAGUCACUUUGUUAACUUGAAAAAUGAUGGAACAGUUUCUUACGGAGGAUCAGGGAGAGGUCUACACAGGAAGGAUAAAUUAGGAGUGUGGAGGUUGGUGGCGUUAUGGGACUGUUCAUAAGUGAUUCUGGUCUAUAUGGAUCAUACAUCGUUAUUUAAUGAUGGGACAAAUAUCAGUAUCAGUACAUUUGUCGCACGGUUGCAUAUAACUUAACUGCAAUGUCUAGAGGGUCGAUUUUUCAUUUUUAACGUACGCCUGUGACGGGCCUGCUCUACUUACCGUUGUGGAUCCCUCGUCAAAAGCAUCAGAGGUUCCGGUUUGCUACGUGGCCUGAGACUAGUCUGUUCUGCGCGCAUGCUUUGACGUAGAGCACGUACUUCGUGUUAGAUAUAGCUGCUGUGUACCCGCUAUUGGAACUCAGCGUGCUUUUCUAUAUAUAGAGAUGCACGACUGGCUCUUGAAUUGCCCCUUCUUAAAUGUAAAUAAUUUCACUUUUUCGUGUUGUAUUCUAAACUAAAUAGAAGAUGGUGUUCCUAUGUUUUAUAAGAAAGUAAUGCACUUUUGAGGUCUAGAAAAAACUGCUGAAAGAACUCGCGUCUCGCUCAUACGUCCAAUAGCAGUUUUUCUAGACAUCAAGCGUGCAAUAUUUUCUUAGAGUACAUGAAACACCAUCUGCUAUUCAGUAAAUACAUUUCCGGUGGGCUAGCCUGCGAACAGAUUGUCAUGCGUUGAGGCAGGAGCAAGGUCGAUCGAUGAGGAAAGCCGUGAGUCUGCUGCUCCUGCCACAACGCUCGCAGGCUACCGCUGGGCAGACUAACGAGUGGAGUUCGAAGAAUUCUAAAUUAAAUUUCAAUCAUUUUAUGAAGUUAACUUUUCAUAGAGAAUGUAGGAUCUUUUUCUCGUAUAAUGCUUCAUCUACAGUGAAUGAAUCACAUUUACUCGUAAAAAGUUUUAUACUUUUAUUAUUCAUGUUUGUUUUCUCGUCUACCAAAAGAUAUCUUAACUUUUUUUUUUCUUUAAUUCUGCUCUUCUAAAGGGGAACCUCAUAUACAUGUGUUUUAAAAAGUAAAUGAGAGAUCGUUGGAAUCUAUAUUUCUUUGCAAUCUUGAGUUUUUCGUUGCCGUAGUGUUUGGCGAGAUCAUGAGGUCCCUAAACGGUGCACAAAUACACUCUUGUAAUGUGCUUAUCUUAAAGUCUUUUCCAAAAUAAUGCAUUUGUCCUGAGAAAAAACACUUUGUAGUUUCUUCACUCAUCGAUAGUUACACGAGGAAAACCAUUCAGGAUCGUUUAGCUUUAGAAAACGUUUUUAAAAGUUAGCUCAAAGGAUCGGCUACUUCUAGACCCUUCUGAAAUUUCUAAAGCCGGGACUGAUGCAAUGAUAACUUAGCUUUAGAGGGCUUACCUCAGGAAAAAGGCCUGUAAGUUACCUUCUCCCUCUCUUGGUUGUAAAUAAAACCUGUUAUUGCAACAGGGCCUAAAAGUUGUGCAGUGGUAAUAUAUGUUACCUGCAUUGAAAAAAAAUGUCGUGCCACACAAGUGCAACAAUUACUGACGGUCGCGCCCAUUGUUUCUGCGCAUCCUUACCGCGCACAUUAUU